GGCGCGCUCCGGGAGGCGGUGGCCCCGGCCCGGGAGCGGCAGGACUCCGGCCGGAGCGUGGCCGGACCCCCACCCGCCCAGACGCCCAGGAAGGACGCGCUUCAAGGCAGAAUCACAGUGGCAGCUUUGAGAGUUGGACAUCCAGGUCCCUGAAGUGAUCUCUAGGCCCCAGUGUAUUAUCUGGCUUCCCUGCUUGCCCCUCUGCCCUCCACAGCCCCCAUCCGCCACCAUUCCGUGCUGCGGGGACACCAUGGCUCCAGAGGAAGACGCUGGAGGGGAGGCCCUGGAGGGCAGUUUCUGGGAGGCUGGCAACUAUAGGCGGACCGUGCAGCGGGUGGAGGACGGGCAUCGACUCUGCGGGGACCUGGUCAGCUGCUUCCAGGAACGAGCCCGCAUUGAGAAGGCCUACGCCCAGCAGCUGGCUGAUUGGGCCCGCAAGUGGAGGGGCACCGUGGAAAAGGGCCCCCAGUACGGCACGCUGGAGAAGGCCUGGCACGCCUUCUUCACGGCAGCCGAGAGGCUGAGCGCGCUGCACCUGGAGGUGCGGGAGAAGCUGCAGGGGCAGGACAGCGAGCGGGUGCGCGCCUGGCAGCGGGGGGCCUUCCACCGGCCUGUGCUGGGUGGCUUCCGCGAGAGCCGGGCUGCGGAGGAUGGCUUCCGCAAGGCCCAGAAGCCCUGGCUCAAGAGGCUGAAGGAGGUUGAGGCUUCCAAGAAGAGCUACCAUGCAGCACGGAAGGAGGAGAAGACAGCCCAGACUCGGGAGAGCCACGCAAAGGCGGACAGCGCCGUCUCCCAAGAGCAGCGGCGCAAGCUGCAGGAGCGGGUGGACCGCUGCACCAAGGAGGCCGAGAAGAUGAAAACCCACUACGAGCAGACGUUGGCGGAACUGCAUCGCUACACCCCGCGCUACAUGGAAGACAUGGAGCAGGCCUUCGAGAGCUGCCAGGCGGCCGAGCGCCAGCGGCUCCUCUUCUUCAAGGAUAUGCUGCUUACCCUACACCAGCACCUCGACCUCUCCAGCAGCGAGAGGUUCCACGAACUCCACCGAGACCUGCAUCAGGGCAUCGAGGCAGCCAGUGACGAAGAGGAUCUGCACUGGUGGCGAAGCAUCCACGGGCCAGGCAUGGCCAUGAACUGGCCGCAGUUUGAGGAGUGGUCCUUGGAUACGCAGAGGACAAUUAGCAGGAAGGAGAAGGGUGGCCGGAGCCCUGAUGAGGUUACUCUGACCAGCAUCGUGCCCACAAGAGAUGGCGCUGCACCCCCACCCCAGUCCCCGGGGUCCCCAGGCGGUGGGCAAGAUGAGGAGUGGUCAGAUGAGGAGAAUCCCCGGAAGGCUGCCACUGGGGUGCGGGUGCGGGCGCUCUAUGACUACGCCGGCCAGGAAGCUGAUGAGCUGAGCUUCCGAGCAGGGGAGGAGCUGCUGAAGAUGAGCGAGGAGGAUGAGCAGGGCUGGUGCCAGGGCCAGCUGCAGAGUGGCCGCAUUGGUCUGUACCCUGCCAAUUACGUGGAAUGUGUGGGGGCCUGACCUCCUGUGACAGCCCUUCUGCAGCGUUUCUCCACCUUGCAUCAGAGCCCAGCUUCUCUUGGACCGCCGGACCUGAGGGCCCUGGACCAUGGUGCCCCUGCUGCCCUUCUGUCCAUUGAGGAGGAAGGAGGUCCUGGGACCCGGGGAGGGGAUCGGCCUGCAUCUAGGAAGGGACUGGUAGGGAAGGGCCAACUGAGUCUAGGCUGAGGGGGUAGAUGGGGAGGUCAGGUGACGACAGAAGGGCUCAGGGGUGCCUGGGCCUCUCCAGGAAUGGGUGGGUCUCCCCGGGAGCUGUGGACCCAGUUCCUGGUCUUAGUGUUUUGGGGUUCCUGGGGUGGUCUUGGGGUGAGUGUAGUUCUGGGCUAGCAGCACUCUCUUGUGGUUUGUUCUAGUGUGUAUUAAACUUGGGAAAAAAAAA